UGCAGAUCCACGUUGUUUCUAAGCUUGACUUGUUCGCCAUGCCUCGCCCAAAGACCCGAACCCUGCAGAUGCCCCAAACCCCCCAGAAUGCUGCUGGCGCCGUCCAGUUGGCGAAAGCGCUCAAGACGUUGCUCGGGUAUCUCUGCACGAUUCUGCUGGUUGUCGACGUGUGCGGCAACAACUGGGAGCUCAUCGACUACGUCGGAGACGCCAAACACCUUCUUACGCCCCUCUUGACCGUCGCAGAGUUUGACCAGAUCGGCCACGCGUUCGUUUUCCCGGUGGGCAACGCGCCGGACCACGUGUCGCAAGUUGGCCAGUUCAUGAUGAACACGUCCCUGGCGCAGAUCCAGGCGCGCGACAGCGACACGUACAUCCUCGGCACGACGAUGCAUCCCAUCCAGGACAGCGUCAAUGACAUUUGCGGUCACCUCGUGAGCUCGUACCCACUUCCAAGCGCCAAUGCGACGUCGGUGCGGCUGGGAAAUGUCGCCGACGGCAUUUCGUUUGUGCGGGGCACCGCACUCAGCCACUGGUUCAGCGACACACGUUCAGCUCCCCCCGCCGACCAGGGCAUGAAUGAAACGCAGCUGAGGGCGAUGGGCUAUGGGCCAGUUCGCCAUGGCACGGACCUGCGCCUGACGACCCACGUUGCCGUCCCCCGUCCAGGCGAAAUCGUCACGACGUCGAUUUCAAUGUAUCGCUUCUUUAUGAAGGCGUUUUGCUCGGGAUGCGUGCCAGGCACGGAGCUCGGGCUAGACACGUGUGCGAUUACGUAUUUGUACAACGAAACAACACACUCCCUGGACGUCACGGCCAGCCAAGCCGCGGUCGGAAGCUCCCACGAGCUCGGGUUCAUAUUUCAACGGCGCGGGGGGCCGAUACUCGCUCUGUACAUCCGCUUCGCCAUAGUGCUUCUCGUCUUUGGAGUGUACAGUGCCAGUCAGAAAACCGUGCAGUGGGUGGAGUUCGUGCCCGAGUCGUUGCCCCAGCGACUGCACAACGUCGUUGCGCCGCCGCUGUACAGACAGCCCUGUUCAGUGUUUGGGCUGAGUGAUAUUUGCUUCAACAGCGACAUCUUUGUCGUGCUGUACACGCUGGCCGUGCUCGCAGACGAAGAGAUCAGCUUGGUGUACUCGAGGGUGCUGUAUCGGUGGUACCGAUCGACUUCGUUUAAUCUGUGGAUCGAGCUGCGCCUCAUGUCGAUGACGAUGCGAUGGCUGUGGCUCAACUGCUUUCUCCUCAAAGCCGCCAAGUGGACGUGUGACUUUGCCAGCGUGGCGCAGUACACGGGGGAGAACCGUGUCAUGGGGUGGCUCACCUUCAGCUCGGUCACAUGGGUUUACCUCAGCGUGUUUGUGCUGUUUCAGCGAGCCAAUUUCAUCGAGUACAGCAACUCGGUUCUCAUAGAUCUCUCGUGUGCCACGCAGAACCUGGACGCGGUCUCCGUGGCAUUCCUCGAUAGCUGGUACGUGCGGUCGAUGCCGGACCUGGUCGUCGUUGUCCUCGUCAACUUGAUCGUGCUUUUGGCGAUCGAUCGCGUCGUGAAUUGGCAGUGGUGGCGGGCUACCGCCAAGAACUCGCUGUGUCGCCAGCUCAUGUUUAACUCGACGUCGAUUCUCGCCGACGUUCGUGGCGACGCGAUCGACCAGCCUGGCUACGCUGGCUCGUGUUUGGUCAUCAAGGCGCGCGCGCUGUGCACGUUCCGCUGGUUCUUUUCAACCCACCUGACUGCAUUUGGACUCAAGGAACACCCGGCGAUUCUGCGCGCCAUCCACUCUGCAAGGCCACACAAAACGGAUCCAGGAUCGUCCAGCGCCGACGUCACAGCCGACACGGCGCCCAUGCCGUCCGAGAGGACAACGCACACCUCGGUCGCGUGGCUUUCCGAUCACGACGUCGUGAAACCUGUGCCGCCGACCGAUGCUGCAACCCUCUACUUGAUCGUGCAGGACCGAGACGGGCAUAUUCACGUCGUAGACGGAACCAAGCGGGAAAUGCAAGAGCUAAACGUUGAGGUCAAGAUUCUACGGGACACCACCAUCGUAUUGGGAUAACAGAGAGCCUUCCGCUGCGUG